AAGUCACCUUGGAUAAAGGCAUCUGCUAAAUAAACAAAUAAAUAAAUACCAUAGGAAAAAGUACUUAAAAUGUAUCUGACAAUUAAAAAAGGAAAAGAGCUGCUGGUUUGUUUGUGUAACAGGUUUGUUGAAGUCUGAAAUUAGACAGACUGGUUUCUGCAAGGCACUGCUUUAUAGCCCCAGUUCCCAACCAUCCAAUUGGGUGAUAGAAUCCUGUUCAGGUCAGCACAAGCUAGGGGAAGGGCUCCUCUACUGUCUUAACAACCCUGAUAAGCAGCACCUGUGUGCAGUUGAGCUCUCCAGACAUGGAAAACUACAGCUACUGAUCCCCUAAACCUCAGCUCUGCAAAAACCUGUGCAGAGUUCAUUCACUGUGAGUCACAGUCACAAAAGAUUUUUUUAUUAAUACAGUGGUGCAAAUAUUGUAUCCCUAUUUAAAGACGCAGACCUGGCCUGGUCAGACAUGGGGACUGAACUUCUCACUCCCCUAACAUCUUCAUUUAAAUUAGUCAGAGCUGUAGUUCACUUCUUUGACAGCUCUAGCAAUGAGAUGGACAGCAGCAACACUCUGCCAGACAGACCCUAGUGUGAAAGCAGUUCCUUUAGCCCUGCCCAGCCCUUUAGCCUGCUCUAUAUAUAACAGUCAGAACUUCCUCGCUAGCUUACUUCUCUACAGCACCAGCUAUGGAGAUGGACAGCAUUGACACUGGGCUGCAGAAGCCCUCGGAGGAUGUCUACUCCACAAUAAACCAGCCCCAAGGCAGGAGAGCAGGACAGGGGGCUCACUUGUCUACAGCACCAGCCAUGGAGAUGGACAGCAUUUACACUGGGCUGCAGAAGCCCUCGGAGGAUGUCUACUCAACAGUAAACCAGACCCAAGACAGGAGAGAAGGACAGGGGGUUCCCCCAGUCAAGUCCAGUUCUCGUUCCAGUGUCACCAUUGCUCUGGGAGCUGCAGUGUGUGUCUUACUGCUGGCAGUCAUCGGCAUGGGGAUAGCAAUUCUUCAGUGUUGGAACCAGAUAUCUGAACUCAACAAUGCAAAUCAACAGUUUAAGAACAACUUGAGCAAUGCUGACCAGCUGUGUAAGAACGACCUUAUGAAGAUACCUUGUGACAUGGAAGUUGCUAUUAGUCUGGAUCCCAGUACAGCACACCCCUUACUCCUUGUGUCUAGAGAUAGGAAACAAGUGGUACUGGGAAGAAAACAGCAGGUUAUCCCGGACAAUCCCCAGAGAUUUAAUUACUGGGCCGGUGUUGUGAGCAGGGAAGGGUUCACCUCAGGAAGGCAUUUCUGGGAAGUGCUGGUGGAGAAUGGUCAUGCCUGGAGACUUGGUGUCACCACAGCAUCUUCAAAGAGGAAGAAAGAUUUCCUCUGGAAUCCCAAGCAUGGUUACUGGACUGUUUUGCAGAAUAACGAUUAUUUUGCCGCUCUCACUGAGACCCCAUUCACAGUGCCACACAUAAAGAUGCUCCGAAAGGUGGGGCUGUACCUGGAUUAUGAAAACGGGUGUCUCUCCUUUUACAACAUGGAGAUCCCAUCUCACAUCUACUCUUUCAAUGACACUUUCACUGAGAAACUCUAUCCAGUCUUCUAUGCUGUUGACAAUACAAGUCUUGUUAUUGCAGACCCUGUUUGCACUGAAUAUUAUAAAACAUUACUGCCUGAACUAGGCUAGAUUAUAUGUAUCUAUCUACAUAUCUAUCUGCUUCAGCAGGAUUCAAAACAAUCUGGCAUGACACACCCUGCAUUCCAUGCAGCAGCACUUUCACUGGAAGAAACUAUGUCAAAUUCAAUAAUAACGUUUCCAUUAGAAAUCUUUAGUACCAUUACGAGAUGUUGACACUUCAUUACCUGGGGGUAGAGACCACAUUGCCCAGGGAUAAAAUAAUGUGAUCCAAAACUAAUUUCAACAGCGAACACAUUGAUAGGACUUUUAGUCGCAACGUUUGUCGUUGAAUUUUACAGGUAAUAGUUUAUUUUCAAAUUGUUGCUAUUGAGUGUUUUUAUAGAUAUGGAUGGAAUUAUUUUACUGGGUGAGACACAGGGGACCUUCUCGUAUGGACAAUCCACAUCAAUAAGGAAGAAGAAUAUGACAACAAAGUGAUAAAUGGAACUAAAUACAUUACAUAAAGACUGCCAAUAACAUUUCAUUAUUUUUGUAACAUUCCUUUCAACAUAUCUGAGCGUUUAAACAGCAAGAAUGCAGCAUCUAUCCACAACACCUUAACAGGCUCUGAUUUGAACAGCUGCUCAUUAUACAAACACAGUCUGCAAAGAGGACCUCAGACCACACUGCAGUCAGGUACCUGCACAAACCUCUUCCAUGCGGUUCAUGAGGUUAACCAGUCUGUAUAGAUGUGGAUGAAACAGGAAACUCCAACCCCACUUCCCUUUCCCAUGUUAGAGUCAAUUAACCACUUAAACACCAUGACGUACGCACGUGCGUCAAAUGAAAACCCACUUACAGUACCAUGUCGUACCUGCGUACGUCAAGUUUCCCAUUCUAUUCUAUGAGCGGUUUCUCAGUCUAGUGUUUCAGGUUUCAUUCUCUAAGGCAGUGCUAGUACUGUGGAAUGUGCAAUUAAAUUCAAUUGCGUGUCAUGUAGCGAUUCCAAUCUACCUGUGGGCAUUUAGAAGACUGAGCUAUAUUGCGCGAAGCCAUUCAACUUUUACAAGUUAUAUAUAUAUAUAUAUAGUGUUUUAAAUUAUUAUUAUUAUUGUUUUAUUGUUAGUUUUACUUGUUUAGUUGUAGUUUAAAUAGUUUUUAGCGAAAUCAAACAUGGCAACGUACAUGGAAAGCAACAACAGGAGUGAUGAAGAUUUCGAAGUUGGUUCGGAGGAUUUCGAUACCAGCGACAGUGAUGCUGACUUAUCACUCAGCGGUGAUGAUGAAGAGGAUGUGGAGCCAAGAACAGCAGGGGACUGGUUGUUUAUUACUGAUCCCUACCAUGAUGCUAGUCCUCCAUCAUUGGACUUUCCACCUGUUUACACAGAUGUGCACCCCGCCGUGGAACUUGAGAGUUUGCGUUCUCCUUUGGAGUGCUUUUUGGCUUUUGGUCCCGAAAAGCUAAUCGCUUACCUUUGUGACUGUACAAACAAAAGAGCAUGCAGAUACUUUACUGGUAAGCCAGCUGCAAACGGGAAGCUGUUUGGUUUGAAAUGGCAGUGCUGUGACGAAAUAUUAUCAAAACACAGGAAGGUAAUAAAGCAGGCGUCUGCGGCAGCCAGAUCCAUCACAAUUCCUAUGCAAAGUAGCCCUGUACACACAUUAGUGACUAUCCCUCCAACACAAGGGAAGCAGAGACCGCAAAAAAGGUGUCUGCUACGAAAAUGAAAACAAAGGAAAUGAUACAAGAAAAAUGUGCAGUGGUUGCGAUGGCAACCCCGGAUUCUGUUAUAUUGAACAUUUCAAUAAAUGGCACAGAGCAAGUUGAUAAUGGCACACGUUUUGAUGUUGUUUGAUUUUUAUUUGAUAAUUACUGUUUACUGAUUAUUAUUGUUAUUAUCAAUGUUUUUGUUUUUCAUUGUUAAAAUAAAAAAUAAAAUAAAAAAACAUGUUUUUAUCUCUAUAUUGAACACAGGAGCAUAAAGGGUUAAUGUUGCACGGAAAAUGGUUUUUCAUAAUGUUGAUUUUAAUUUCAUGAAUGAUGAAUUCAUUUAAUUUCCUGUUUUAUAGCCAUUUACCUCUCUCAUAUGUGUCUUUAUCUUUGUGUGUGAAUAUAUAUUCUGAUGUAGCAUUUUUGAAAUAUAAAAGGAAUACCCCACCCAUGUAUAUGUAUAUGUGUAUGUGUGUGUGUGUGUGUGUGUGUGUGUGUGUGUGUGUGUGUGUGUGUGUGUGUAUAUGAUGCCUACUCUGUAAAAAUAAAUUAACAAAUUUUUUAUAUUAAUACAUGUCUUUCCGUCAUUCUCUUGUGAAUUAAACUAUUGUUCCAUGUGUGUAUAAAUCUUUUUGUUUUUUUAUUCCUGUUUUUGAAUAAUGUAUCUUUUUACCUGCUUUGAGUUGUUGUAGCCUUUGACAACUCUGUUUUUGAUCCUGUACUUGUCUGUGUUUCCCAAAACUUGAUUCAGGCAUACCAGCCUGCUAAUGAAAAACAUACUACGGGGGUGCCAAGUAAUGAGUAGAAACAAGAAUCUGGUUUCAA